UCAAACUUGAGAUUCAAAAAAAACCAUUAGAAGAAGCAUCCCAGUCUCUACCUCUCUGAUCACUCUUCGAUCUCCAUAGCCAGCCAAUGCCAUCCUCUUCACCUUGAGAUCUUCACCUUCCCGAACCUACCUCUCACUUUCACCAUCAACCCCUUCUCCCUCCCUUUAAAUCCCCUCACUCACUCUCUCUCUACUUUCUCUCUCUAAAACUCAGCACUAAAGCUGCCGGUUGGCUUUCUGUCAAAUUUAAUGGAAGCCUUUUAACUUAAAUGCUCUUUGUCAAUGCUGGUCAGCCUUUUAGCUCUUUCUGUCUCUUGCAUUCUCUACAAUCUCUCUUUAAUUCAUUAUUGCUCUACUUUUCCAUUUUCAUUUCCAUUCUCAAUCUCAAUAUUUCAAAACCCUAGUUGUAUACUUUUGUGAGUUCAAAUUUUGAGAGAGAUGACUUCGUUGAAUUCUCGUGAUGAGAAACAGAGGAAGCCAUUACCGAAGGCUCUGAUGUUGAAGGAUUAUCUGUUGGAUGAUCUUAGCUCGUGUUCAUCCAACGGCUUCCGAUCGUAUCCGCGGCGACAGUGCUGCACAACCGUCCGAUUCCUUCUGGAGAUUGAUCUCAAGAGCAGAGUCGACAGAGACUCCUCCGAUCAUGCAAAACGGCUUCUCAGGAGCAAGUCCAAAUCGGCGUCGUCGACAAUGUCGAAGUUACUGAGAGCUUCGGAGGCUGUAAUUAACUCCGUCAAGAACCUCCCGUUCGCCGCCGUCAAGCCUCCGUCGUCUUCGAAACCGAACAAUCCUAAGAAGGCCAUUUUGCCGAGGAGCCUCUCUCGGAAGCUGUUGAAGCGAAGCUUCUGGAAGAAAACCGAUAAAGAGAUCCAACGGUGGAGAUCUCUCCGUGAAUUACUCCAAGAGAAAGAGAAACCGGUUGAUUUCUCUCCCUCCAUCACCACCGUAACCACCAAAGCCGCCGCCGCCGCCGCCACCACAAGCAGUACUUCAGUUAGUGAAAGCAAUACUAACAAUAACAGUUGGUCAGAUAGUGAUUUUACAACUGAUUAUUUACUGUGCUCAAGCGGUAAUUCAGUGAAUUCAGGCGUAAACGACGGCGUAGAGAGCAGAAAUCUCUCACCGGAAAAGGUAGUCAGCAAGAGAGUAGGCGUAACAAACACCACCAACUCCGUGGAAAACACAAAGAAAGAGUGGUCAAAUGAGGAGGAGAAGGAACAAUUUAGUCCGGUGUCCGUACUGGAUUUUCCAUUUGACGAAGAAGAAGAGGCAUCCUCACCAUUCCAAAGUAGGCUCGCCCGCAUGGAAGGAACUAAACAAAAGCUCAUGCAGAAGAUCCGACGGUUUGAAAGCCUUGCUCAACUGGAACCAGUGGACUUAGAAAAACGGAUUGCAUUGUCAGAAUCCAAUGACGAAUCGCUUGAAUCCCCAAUGCAGCCUUGCUCAGUGUCGGUCCAAUACAACAUCACGGCGGACAAAGAAGAAGAGGAAAGCAAAACAGAAAAGGCGCUAGAGUUCCUUAAUCUUCUGAAAAUGACAAUCCCAUCAAACAGCUUCAAGUUUAAUGCAGACAAUCUGUUGUUGGAUUUCUUCAGAGAGUCAUUAACUGCAACUCAUGCACGCUCCAAUGUGGGAAAAGGCGGUGAGCAAUUUGAGUACGAGCAGGUAAAUGUAGCGAAUGAUUGGAUUAAUGGGCAGCCCCGCGAAUUGUUGCUUGAAUGGGAGGUGCAGAAGAACAGGCAAGCAUGUAUUAGAGAUAUGGAGGAGGAAGGGAGGUGGAGAAUGUUGGAUGAAGACAAAGAAGAGGUGGCUUUGGGGUUGGAGGAUCAAGUUUUUGCUUCUCUGAUUGAUGAGCUUCUGAUUGAUCUCUUCUCAUCCUAGAUGAUCAUUCAACUUAGAGUAUUGGGACAACUCUUGUUUUUAUCAUGAGUGCCAGCCACCAGAGGCAAUUAGAAUGACUACGGGAGAAUGUUUUGUUCUCCUUUUCCUUUUUCUUAGUAUAAAAGUAGGGAGAUUUUGAGAUUUUAGUGGACCAGCUCUGGUUUUUACUGAAUCAUCUCGAUUAUUUUUUUUUUCUCUCUGAUAUUGAUCAGUUAUGCUUGAUCUUAUGGUUCAGAAAAUGCCUCCUGUUCUCUUUUGUGUGUGUGUGUGUGUGUUUUUCCCUCCCUCUCUCUCAAUUUUUGUCCAUCUUCUCCUAAUUCCCUUUUCCCCAGUCAUGCCGGCGGCCUCUUCUAGUGAAUGUUUCUAGAAUGAUUUUGGAAAAUUUUGGAAGUCUGUAGAAGCAAUGAUGAUUAUUGUUGCUUUAUUAAAAAAUUGUUGUGUACAUUGGGACAAACAUAGUUAUUAGUUGACAAGAAGCUUGCCUAUGGAUUAAAUGGUUUUCUAAAUAAUCACGGAACACAUCAAUUGUGAUUUAUGAGUUAGAUUUCAUAUUCUAAUUAUGCACAUGCUUAUAUACCAGAUGGAAGUAGUAGAAAGAGAUCGUGUGAUACCAAAAAUUUUAGAUUAUAAAAUUUUAAAUAGUUUCUUUAUCUUUGACAUCUUUUAGGAAACAAGUACCUUACCUGAAAAAAAAAAAAAAAAAAAACCCCCUUACAAGUAAUUUACUGUAUAAGCUCUUUUGUAUAUCUAGUCAUAUGAACUCAAUGUGAAAUUUAUCUCCCAGUGUUUUUUACUUAUUUUUCAAAACAAAACAAAGCAAUGAAAUACCACUAAA